UGGCAACACCAAGCAGUAAGUGGCUUUUCAAAGGCUGGGCCGCUCUGUCACGACCACCCCUUUUUUUCUCUUUUAUCAGCUCUCAAACCAUUCUCCAUAAUGCAGCUGCAGCAGUCAUUUGGGACACAACAGAGUUGGCACAACAUGGGGACUUUCGUCUUUAUAUGCUUCAAGCUGUCAGUGUGAUUUAAGUCUUUUGGAGAAAAGUGAAUUUUGUCAUUUUUACUGCCGCAGGAUAUCGCUACACACCACAGCAUCUGCAUUUAGGCAGAUGUCUUCUGAACAACAGGAUGGGAAACUGUUCACCGAUGCCUGAGGCCUUGCUUUCUGAAGAGCAUAAUUGGAUACAGACAGUCACGCUUUCACACAGUAAAUGGAAUUAUUGUAUUUGUUUCAUGUUAUUGCUUUUUUCUCAUAAAUUCAAAGUCAACUCAAAUGACAAAAAAAUUCCAUCCUAGCGCUAUCGACAGAAGAAGAAAUGAGGGAGUCCAAAAGGAAAUGGUAAAGCAUUUGUUUAAGCAUCAAAAUGUCAGAACUGACCUUUUGUCCCAGAGAAAAGAAAUGUAUUGACAGGGAUAAAAACAAAUGCACUGAGCGGUUGCAUGACUUCUCCAGAUGUCCUGCUUGUAACAGAGACAAUGACGAGACCCUGAUUCUGCCAUGUUCUCAUACCAUGUGUAUUCACUGUAUAUCAACGGAAGGGGAGAAGCGGUCCGGUCAAUCUCCUCGCUAUGAUCCGAGCCCACGUGUCUGCUCUGUGUUGUGUCCAUUGUGUCUGUAUGAUGUGGAGCUGCCAUGUAGGACAUGGUCCACUGCGCUAUCCUGUCUCCCAAAAUAUCCUACUCUUAAGUCUGAAUCUGUCAGCCAGGAGACUGGCAGAUGCGAUGGAGCAUCUGAACCACACCGACCACCACCACCACGUAUGCAGUUCCACUGUCAAAUUCAGGUGGACGCCUACGCCGUGACUGCAUAUGAAGAGAGGGCACAAUGCUCCAGUGCUUGCAGUUUCACCGUAUCACCAGCUGAGGGCAAUAUAGAACUACACGAGGAGGCGAUGGAGCAGUCUGUUUUUGGUUUAAAAUUUGCUCUAGAUCAAGCAACAGCCCCGCCUUCGCUCCUUCUUUCCAACUCCUUCCUCACUGUUACUUACCAAGAAGCGAUCUCUUUUGCUCCACUUCCAAACAAAAUCAAGAAGCUAAUGAUGACCUCUGACCCUGGGGUAAUGGUUUACCUCCCUCAAGUUUGCGCUGAUGUUGUCAUUGCACAGGGGCAGUAUUACUGGGAAGUGGAGGUCUGCAACAGUUCUGUCUACAAAAUUGGUGUGAGCUCUCCGGAUGGCCAUAAAGGCUGGUGGCUGGAAAGACAGGGUUUGUCAUUUUGUACAGUUUAUGAUGGGAGAAGAGAGUUGCUCAACACUGUCCCUCCUCAAAUCAAAGCUAUUGGGCUGUUUCUUAAUUUUGGAGGGGGAGCGCUUAGCUUCCAUAAUCCUGUGACCCAGGAGCACCUCGUCACUCUGCCUACCCGCUUCAAUCCGUCGGGAGUGUUACCAACUCUGGGCCUCGGUCAGGGUUGGCUUCGAUUGCGUUGUGGCCUCCCCGCUCCUCUAUAUGUUUUCCUCAGUAAAAACUCAGCCUUUCGAGGCCCCUGUGGAGCCAGUAGAGGCAGCUGGCACAAGCAUAUUCCUUUCCAGUCAGUGCGUAAAGUUAUACAGGUGUUUGAGGAGUUGUCUGCGUCAAACUGUGCUUUGAAGCCCAGUUUUGAUUAACCCUGCUCCUGAGGAUUCUGUGCAAUACGUCCUCCUGGGCACACCGGACAGGAAACUGGGGGCUGAAGAAGACAAUCCUACUCUACAAUGGAGACAUGCACUGACAGACCCACAAAUCCUCAGAAAGGUUUGAUCUAUGGGCGCUAUUUGAAAGGCAAAUGUUCCAUCUUGAAGGCCUUUCGGAUGCCUCAUUCCAUUCUCUGUUGACCCCAGACCUGUAAUUGACUCUCUCCCCAGGACACAGUUCUUUCCCUCAAUCAAACACCCCCGCUACUGUGGGCUUGGGCCAGAAUGAGUCCUCAAUAUUGUGGAGUGUAAGGGUGGGCUUUUACCAGUGUGACUUCUUAAUUUGUCUCAGUGUGACGGUUGUUAGACAGUAGGGAUCCUUACACUCGCAACACAUCCCUGAGUACAUGGCCACGAGCUCUACUACCAAAAGUGUGUGAUUUCGCCACUUUACUCCUACAUUGCUGCUGUGUAAACAAGUGGAAAUAAUUUGUAAGCAGUGAGAGGUGAUAUAGAGAGGUGUGAGUACAGUGACACCAGUGGUGUCAACUCAGAGCAACAAGGACAGGUGGUACUAAAUGUUUAUCCCACGCUCUGCCUUCGAUCGGACAGUAGGCUGCCCUUUUUUGACCCUUUGAAAGCCGCAGGACUCCCAAAUACUUCAAAAGGGACAGCAGAGCGCAAGAGAACAGAGAGGGGGAAAAGAGAAAACAGCAUGCAUGAAUUAAAGACAGCAGGUGACGGUAAAAAGAAAUGAGCUGAGAGAGGAUUUCCCAACAGCUUCCAAGCCAAGAAUCCCUGAAAAGAUCAAAAUGUCUUUGACUGUGAAUUAAUUUAAAACCAGCACUGAGUUGCGUUGGCCGCUAAAUUACGUUAGAAGUGCGGUCAGAGCUGUCAGCAUUUAUACGUUAGUGUUUAAACUACUCAUUUGUCCGUUGUAAUUGAGGUUUCAAAUAUUUUUAUGUGAGGGAAUACUUGGGUGACCCUUUUGAAAGGCUGCUCACUUUUUCAACUUUUAUGGUUGGUUCUUGAUGUUGAUAAUUGACAGCAUAUCAGUUAAAACUGCAUAAAACACACAAUGAAAAUGUUGUAAAAUUGUGUGCGUUUUAUUACAUGUCCAUAGUAUUAUAUUACGAAAAUAAAAUGUAGGCUAACGAGCUAGGUUACAAGAAGUUACGGUAGAGUAGGUGCUAUAACAGUUAACCUAACGUGUUCAUGCAAGGAAUGUGUUUUUAAAAUUGUUAACGACCCUACAGUUAUGUGUUUAAAUGGUUUUAAGAGUUCUACAAGUUUAAGGCCCUGAAUGUGUUUCGGCUAAGUCAGGGACCGGGCGCGAGUGGAAGGAGAAAGAGUAUUAGGGUCCAGCAGACAGUUAGAGCAGAAAGAGAAAUUUAGUGUUGUUGUUUUUGGCGGGGACAAGGAUGCUUUUCUUUCAAAAAUAAAAGAGAUGGUACACUAUGUUCAAAACGCUGAUAUAAAACUGUAAACAGGAAAGACAUGUCAUGUUUCAAUCCUAAGUCAGAUCGUUUCUCGUGAAUAAUAAGUCAGUCAAGUCGAGUCCAAGCAAGUGGCAUGUCCUAAAAAAAAUGGCAACUUGAAUCAAAUCAUGUGACUCGAGUCUCUAGCUAAUGGCAAUUAGGAGAUCAGCCACCACCUAAACAGUUGAUAACACUGCACCAUAAUGCGACUGAAAUCUUGCAUUUCUCGCAAGGUCCCCCUGAUCAAGAAGGCACAUGUACAGCCCCGCCAUUAAGUUUUGACGGUGAAUAUAUAAGUAAGAGAGUGCUUCGGUCAGAUGAAACCAAAGUUGAAUAAUUUCGGGGGAACUUCUGCUUCGGAACAAAAGUCCAGAUGAAUGCCAAGGUAAAGAACCUCUGACACGCUGAUCCACAAUUGUUGUGUUGUUGUUGUCGGUAUUUGCGCUCGGUCAGACGGAACUGAUACAACCACGUCAUCGUCCCAGGAAAAAUGUGUAUGUGUUUUGCACACAAAAAUGCUUGGGCGGUGUUUGGUAACCCAUCCACUCUGGGUUUCGGUUUUUAAAAAAUGAUCAUUGUUUUAGCUCCCAAAACGUUGGCUCUGUAUGGACGAAGUCUUGAAACAAUAAAA